GGAAACAGACAACAGUACAGACGGGAUCAGCAUUAAAGCCCAAACGCCGCCGCGGCGCCAGCCGGCUGUUCUCAGCGACGACUGCCACCAGCUGCUGAAGCCGGAGGCCCGGAGGACUUCAAACAAGCAAUAAGUCUAAUAACAGUUCUGCAUCGUCAGGCCUCUAAGAACGACUCGCACGAGGAGAUCGAUCACGUGACGAGGUCAUGACCUCAGCAGGCGCCGCUUCAUUUAAACACACGCCGAAACGGGCUGAGGUCAGCUCGAACUUCGAUUCUGCUGUUAACGAGACGUGCAUUCAAACCCGCGAGCGAGAAACACACGUUACUUCAACUUCAGUUCGGGAGCAGAAGUCUUACUGGUCUGUUACCGGUCCGUUACUGGUCAGCUGGUGGUCUGUUACCGGUCCGUUACUGGUCAGCUGGUGGUCUGUUACCGGUCCGUUACGGGUCAGCUGCUGGUCUGUUACUGGUCUGCUGGUGGUCUGUUACCGGUCCGUUACUGGUCUGUUACUGGUCAGCUGCUGGUCUGUUACCGGUCCGUUACGGGUCAGCUGCUGGUCUGUUACCGGUCCGUUACUGGUCAGCUGCUGGUCUGUUACGGUCUGUUACUGGUCAGCUGCUGGUCUGUUACCGGUCCGUUACUGGUCAGCUGCUGGUCUGUUACCGGUCCGUUACUGGUCAGCUGCUGGUCUGUUACCGGUCUGUUACUGGUCAGCUGCUGGUCUGUUACCGGUCCGUUACUGGUCAGCUGCUGGUCUGUUACCGGUCCGUUACUGGUCAGCUGCUGGUCUGUUACCGGUCCGUUACUGGUCAGCUGGUGGUCUGUUACCGGUCCGUUACGGGUCAGCUGCUGGUCUGUUACUGGUCUGCUGGUGGUCUGUUACUGGUCCGUUACCGGUCCGUUACUGGUCAGCUGGUGGUCUGUUACCGGUCAGCUGGUGGUCUGUUACCGGUCUGUUACUGGUCCGCUGCUGGUCUGUUACCGGUCAGCUGGUGGUCUGUUACUGGUCUGUUACCGGUCUGUUACCGGUCAGCUGCUGGUCCGUUACUGGUCAGCUGCUGGUCCGUUACUGGUCAGCUGCUGGUCCGUUACUGGUCAGCUGCUGGUCCGUUACUGGUCAGCUGCUGGUCCGUUACUGGUCAGCUGCUGGUCCGUUACUGGUCUGAGCUGCCUUUUAUAGCCAAAAUCUUUUUCCCGUUAGCUGGCGAUGCUAACUGUUAGCAUCAGUAGCUAACAGUCAUGUGACCAUGCGGAUAUGUCAGCUGCAGAAUAUUAAAUACAUAUCGAACACAUUUAAGAGAACUUUGAUUCGGGGGUCAAAUCAUGUUGUCGGGCCGGUUUUGGCCCCCGGGCCACGGUUUGCCCACCGAAAAUGAGCUCAAACAGAUGUUUGAUAUUUACUGAUCAGCUGACAGAUACACUGACGAAUCUGCAAUAAGCUGAUAAGCGCAUCACCUCGCUGACCCGAUCGAUCGUCCUGAUCGAUCAGGUCAGCGAGGUGAGGCGCUGUCCAGGUGACAACACGGACGGACAGCAACGCGCCAACUAAGGCAGAGAAGAAGAAGAAGAGUGUCCGCAGGUAAACAACAAACAGGAAGGAAAACGAGUCGUGGCGAGCAGGGAGCUUUAACUUCCCCCGCCGCGCGUUCACAUCGGAGCGAAGACGUCGCGUGUACGCCACGACAGCAGCGGUCUGAACUGGUCACACU